AUGUCACCCUUCGAGCCCGACCGCUGGAUAAGGCAGCUCAUGAAAUGCGAGCACCUUUCCGAGGUGGACAUGAAGGCGCUCUGCGAGUGCGUGCGCUGUAUCCUCAUGGAGGAGUCAAACAUCCAGCCCGUCUCGAGCCCGGUUACGAUCUGCGGGGACAUACACGGGCAGUUUUGGGAUCUCCUCGAGCUUCUCCGCAAGGGCGGGGAGGUGCCCCAUACGAGCUACAUAUUUAUGGGGGAUUUCGUGGAUCGAGGGCAUUAUAGCCUCGAGACCGUUUCGUUGUUGCUAGUGCUCAAAGCCAAGUAUCCGGACAGAGUAACACUAUUAAGAGGGAACCAUGAGAGCAGGCAGAUCACGCAGGUGUAUGGGUUCUACGAUGAGUGUCAGCAGAAGUAUGGCAGUGCGCUUGUCUGGAAAGCAUGCUGUAGUGUCUUCGACUACUUGAAUUUAGCAGCGAUCAUAGACGGCGAGACACUAUGCGUUCAUGGAGGAUUGUCACCGGAUAUUCGGACGUUAGACCAGAUACGGGUGUUGUCGCGUGCGCAGGAGAUCCCUCAUGAGGGGGCGUUUUGUGACCUGAUGUGGUCGGACCCUGACGAGAUUGAGAAUUGGGCAAUCAGUCCGCGAGGGGCGGGAUGGCUCUUUGGCGGGAGUGUGACUCAAGAAUUCAAUCAUGUCAACUCCUUGCGAUUAAUUGCACGGGCACAUCAGUUAGUACAAGAGGGGUAUAAAUACAUGUUCGACGAGCAACUCGUGACAGUUUGGUCUGCGCCAAAUUACUGCUACCGGUGCGGGAACAUGGCGUCUAUCCUGACGAUCCGCGAGAACGGUGGGCGGGACUUUACUGUGUACGAUGCGGCAGAAGAGAACGAGAGGGACAAGGGCUUGCAGAAGUCGCGUAAAAUGGGUAAUAUGACAUACUUCUAUUACGCAGCAGUCAACACGAGCGUGAUACUCGUUAGCUGUAACCUGUCGCGAGUUAUAGUUUCCCUCUUGGCAGAAUCACCACGUGGAAUACUGCAGAAUGGCGUCGAGUUUGUCAUGGGAAAAGGACGAAUGGAUUCAAACCGACCUUCUGCCCUGGAUUCCACAGCAACUUCCGCAACCGACAUUGAGGAGCCUCGAGACACUACUAGGGGCUUCUCUGUGCGCCGUACAGCGAGUCGUGCACGCACUGGAAUGUGUAUGGAAGAUGAAGGAACAUCCUGCAUGCAGCGAUAUUCAGAUGCUCUCGCCACUAUGUCACAUACACUACAAGUAGGACACGAAUACCGCCAGCGCCCUUCAGAACGCUUUCAUAUACGAAACUCGCUCAGUCACUACUCUCCAAUCUCACUUCGCGUACAAUGUCUCGCUUCUUUUGCGAGCCUUUCUACUCCCUCACCAAUUUCGAUCGUCUGUUCGAUGAGGCAUUCUCUUCCAGGGCCCCGAGUUCAUCACACAAUCGCCAGGUCCAACUACAGCAACAGAAUGCUGGGCGAGGUUCUUGAGGCCAAGCAUGGACAUCCACGAAGACCAUUAAACCAACACGGUCACAGCGAUCUUCGAGCUGCCGGGCAUCUCGAAGGAGAGCGUAAAUAUUGA